CACUGGGCAUUUCUGUUUUGCGCAUGGCAAAUUGACUUAUUGACAAACGUCAGCUGCGUCAGCAAAGCACAGCAACGUCAAAUGAUUAUGUGCAAUUAAUACUCUUUGCCACGUUCACAGCGGCCGGAACACAAUGAUCCGGCUGAUGUUUGGUUUCUUGAUUGGCGUCUUCGUGACAGCGAGUUUCGUGGACACGUAUAGAUAUAACGAUUAUGAUGUACAGCAACGGAAUGAAAAUGCUAUGCAAAAAUUGCUGCAUAUAUUAGAUAACGACUACAACAAGGAGAAACGUAGGAAUAUUAAAGAUGAGUUUGACGGUUGGAGCGGGCGUUGGAUGCCCGAAAGGCCGAGCGAUCCGAAACCACCGCCGAAAGUAUUGCCAAAGAAUCAGCCACGAUAUGAAUACGAAUCUGUAACAGAGUUACCUCACGAGGUGCACUGGCCUGGACGUUGGAUGCCUGAGAGACCAGGCGAUCCAAGACCACCGCCGAAAGUGCUGCCAAAGAAUCAGCUACAACACGUAUACGAACCCAUAACAGAGCCGUCUCACGAGAUGCAAUGGCCUGGACGUUGGAUGCCUGAGAGACCAGGCGAUCCAAGACCACCGCCGAAAGUGCUGCCAAAGAAUCAGCUACAACACGUAUACGAACCCGUAACAGAGCCGUCUCACGAGAUGCAAUGGCCUGGACGUUGGAUGCCUGAGAGGCCAGGUGAUCCAAAACCACCGCCCAAAGUGAUGCCGAAGAAUGAACAACACUACGAAUAUGAAUCUAUAACAGAAUUUCCUCGAGAGAUGUACAUGGGCCAUGUAUCACCGGAAUGUGACGAUGCUAAGACCAACUUGACUAUCGAUUGGGAUCAUAAUCCAUCGGAAUAUACAUGUUACGGUCAUAAUAUCGUACCAAGUAAAAUUGCAGCACGAAUGUAUUGUGAGACUAUCCCGAAAGCGUAUAAGGCUGUUCACAAGUGUAUGGACCAUAGAAUUGAAUAUGACGUCGAUAUUCCUCUCUAUGGUCCGCAUAGACCUUUGUGGCCAGUUUACGGAGAAUACAAAUACUUGCCCAAACAGAGAUGGCUGCAUAGUCUCGAGCAUGGCGCGAUUGUCAUGUUGUAUCACCCAUGUGCAAAUCCACUGGAAGUAGAACGUUUGAAAAAUCUUGUUAGCAAAUGUCUCUGGCGACAUAUCAUCACACCAUACAAUUAUCUGGAGGAAGAACGA